AUGGGCGCACUACUGUCGCUGCCUUUUCUGGCUAUGCCCGCCAUGGGCACGGUAUGGAGCGUUGCCGCCUCCUGCUGCGGUGCUGCGACGUGCAGCGCCGUCAUGGGCUCUUGCGGAGGGAAGUGUGGUAACAGCAUCGCCACUCGUAUCGCAUACGCGCUCAUCCUACUCAUCAACUCGAUCGUAUCCUGGAUCAUGCUCACGGACUGGGCAAUGAAGAAGCUGGCCCACCUCACUCUGGACUACGUCGACAUCAAAUGCCAUGGCGAGCAGUGCUACGGAUAUGUCGCGGUCCAGCGCAUCAACUUCGCCCUCGGCUUCUUCCACGUCCUCAUGGCCCUCAUGCUCAUCGGAGUGCGGUCUUCCAAGGACGGUCGCGCGCCCAUCCAGAACGGAUUCUGGGCGCCAAAGAUACUCGGCUGGAUUGGCAUGAUUGUCCUGACCUUCUUCAUCCCGAACACCUUCUUCAUCGUCUGGGGCAACUACUUUGCCAUGAUCGGAGCGUGCUUGUUUCUGCUCAUUGGUCUUAUUCUGCUAGUUGAUCUAGCGCACAAUUGGGCUGAGUACUGCCAGGAGAAGAUUGAGGUCACCGAGUCGAGAGUGUGGACUGGCAUGCUGGUCGGAUCUGCCCUGACCAUGUACCUGGCCUCGUUCGCCAUGACCAUCGUCAUGUACAUCUUCUUCGCCAGGAGCGGAUGCGGCAUGAACCAGGCAGCCAUUACUAUCAACUUGGUUCUACUCCUAGUCUCGUCCAUCGUGUCCAUCCACCCCGAAGUGCAGAACGUCAACCCCCGCGCCGGUCUCGCCCAGUCCGCCAUCGUCGCCGUCUACUGCACCUACCUGACCCUCUCCGCCGUCGGCAUGGAGCCCGACGACCACCAAUGCAACCCACUCAUCCGCGCUCGUGGCACCCGCAAAGCCACCAUCAUCAUCGGCGCCAUCGUCACCUUCGUCACAGUCGCUUACACUACGACCCGCGCCGCCACGUACGGCCUCGCGCUCGGCUCCCAAGGCAACCCGCACGGCAACGGCUACAACCAAGUCGGCACCGACGACUACGAACACGGCCUCGUAACCCAACAGCCCGAAUCGCGCCGCGACAUGCGCCAAGCCGCCCUCCGCGCCGCCGUCGAAUCCGGCUCGCUCCCCGCCUCCGCCCUGGACGACUCCGAUUCAGACGACGAGGACGAAGGCCCCGUCAAGAACCCGCGCGACGACGAGCGCAACGCCACGCAGUACAACUACACGCUCUUCCACAUCAUCUUCUUCCUCAGCACCACGUGGGUGGCUACCCUUCUGACGACCAACUUCGACGAAAAGGACGUCCAGGAGAGCUUUGUGCCCGUCGGACGCACGUAUUGGGCGAGUUGGGCCAAGAUUAUCAGCGCGUGGGUGUGCUAUGGGAUUUAUACGUGGAGCUUGGUGGCGCCGUUAGUUUUGCCGGAUCGGUUUGAUUAUUAGGAGGGGAAUGGGUUGGAUGGCAUGGCGGUUUUUGUUUGGAGGAAGGCGUUGGAGGGAGAUGUUUAUAUGAUGGAUGCGACUUGCAUACAAGUGUGCGUGUUUUUGGAGCAUGUAUUUGUAGAAUGUUGUCAAUGUUCAGAAUUCUUGUCAUGUUA